AGUAACGUUACAUUUUACGACGUGUAAUAAACGCACAGUAGAGACAUUAACAGUAAUCGGGGGGGAAAAAAUCGGGGUUGGUCUGUUUUCUUCUGCGUCUUCAUCUCAUGAAUAUUAAGUAGCCACAGUAUUGCUUCAAUAAAACAGGAACUGGUGACGGCACCCGAUCAAAAGGCAAAAUCACGUUGGUCUUGCAUCAGACACACGGCGGGGACCUAACAGAGGAGGAGGAGGAGGAGAACCAUGGCGCUCAGGGGACAUCUGCUACGACUCGCCCGCACUCGGGCACUCGCAGGCGGCCAGCCCAGCCGAGCGCAGUCGGUGGCCGUACUGGGAGCACCAUUCUCACGCGGACAGAAAAGAAGAGGCGUGGAACACGGACCUAAAGUCAUCAGGAAUGCGGGACUCAUCGAGCGUCUCUCCGGUUUAGAUUAUGCUGUGCACGACUUUGGCGAUCUCAGUUUCCACUACCCAGAGAUCGAUGAACCCUACAUGAACGUCAAGUCCCCUCGCACAGUGGGCGCUGCAACAAAGAAGCUAUCAGGCGCUGUAAGCAGAGCGGUGGGCGCCGGCCACACCCUGGUCAUGCUAGGCGGGGACCACAGCCUUGGUAUUGGAUCAGUAGCAGGCCACGCCCAACAGUGUCCUAACUUGUGUGUAAUCUGGGUUGACGCUCAUGCUGACGUGAACACUCCUAUGACCUCACCGUCUGGGAAUCUCCACGGUCAGCCGGUGGCGUUCCUACUGAAAGAACUACAAGAUAAGAUGCCGGUUCUACCAGGGUUCUCGUGGGUGAAGCCAUUCCUCUCCUGCAGCGAUCUGGUGUAUAUCGGACUUCGAGAUGUGGACCCUGGCGAGUACCACAUUAUGAAGAACUUGGGGAUCCAGUACUUCACCAUGAGGGAUAUCGACAGACUUGGCAUCCAGAGGGUGACGGAGGUCGCUCUCGAUCACGUGCUGGCAAGAAAAGAAAGACCCAUCCACUUGAGCUUCGACAUCGAUGUGUUCGAUCCAUCUUUGGCUCCUGCUACGGGAACACCGGUGAACGGAGGAUUGACCUAUAGGGAGGGCAUCUACAUCACAGAGGAAGUUCACAAUACAGGUCUGCUUUCGGUCAUGGACCUUGUGGAAGUGAACCCCAUGGUGGGGGCGACCCGGGCUGCAGUGGAAGCCACCGCCUCGCUGGCCGUUGAUGUCAUCGCGUCGUCCCUGGGGCAGACGAGAGAAGGUGCCCACAGGGUCAUUGAUGAGAUCCCCUCAGCAAAAGAAGAUGACACAGAGCAGCUCUGCCUCUGAUAGCUCAAAGUGAAAAGAUAAUAAGACUUCUUCCACCACCCCGUGAGCAUUCCAAAGUGUUGCGUCCAAGACUGCAAAACAAAAGACAACUGAAUCCAAAAAGCUGGGGUAUUAUCGUAUUUGCUCCACUCUCGUUCUUCAUUGUGUUGCAUUUCACUGUGGAAAGUAUUUGUCUAACUGUCUCAAAAGGUUUGCCAUGUAAAGCUUAGACAUUAAUUUAGACAGCGUAGCCUACUAACUUAUUUUGCUAUUUUAUGUACAAAGGCAUAUGGAUGCCUGCUAUUUAUUAUUUGUUUAGUUUACAAGCAAAGGAGUCUGCCUCAAAGGUGUGAUUAAACUGACUGAAAGUGUUUUGGUAGCUGUAGUAAAAACUAGAAUCAUGUUUGCACUUUUGGUUCAGCUGUGGUCACUGUAUUUACCUAAUGAUUCAAUUUUGUUAUUUACAAUGAAGAGUGAAUAAUACAUGUGAGAGUUUAGCUAUGAUAUAAAAACUUUGAUUCAAAGUCUUCAAGCUACAACUUCAUAUUUCACUAAAGUCACUAAAAUGACAGGGAUUUACGUUCUCGUAUUAAAGAAUUUAUUUUCUGGUCUUCCA